UCUACCAUGCCUCAGCCCCACUGUCCAGCCCAGGAACAGCCGGCAGGUCCUACCCCGUCAUUUCCGCCUAUAGUUCCUGUCCAGGCUCCAUCCCUCUUCAAAGUUAACGGCGACGCUCCGUCACCACGAGAGCGGAAGCGUCGCCGAACGGUGUCCAUAUCGGAGUCGCCUUCAGUCGCCACCUUCUCGCCAUCCGACACAGCCGCCGGCAUCGGCGGGCCCGCGCAGGCAUCCACCGACUCUGGCCAGCCGAGCGCGGGUCGCUCGAACGAAUCCGUGGCCAUCACCUUGAGCAGGCUGCUAGGCACCCUGGCAGCAAAUGUCUCCGAUUCCCGUUAGCAACUGUCGCGGCAGUUGCCCAUAUAUAAGCAGCGCGUUGCUGUCACACUUCGCUUCCGCCAUUGUCUACGGUCGCGUCCGUUGGUGUA